CUGCUCUCUGCAUCCAAACAAGCUCGGCGACAACCUCGAAACACAGAGCUUCACCGAAUUCUCAUCUCCCGAAUCCCUCCAUCGCGUCUAAAUUAGAAUUCUGUAAUCACCCAAUGCCGCAGCCACGCUGAUGGCCCCGCCUGCGAAGCGACGCCGGCGGAACACCGUCCAGGCGUCCGACGACGAAGACGAGCCCCCUCGAACCAAUACGCUGGCCAACUAUCUUCUUUCGUCUCCCAGCUCGCCUGUCAAGACGAGAGAUGUCACAUUAUCACCUAGCCCGUUGAAGGGCAAGUCAGGGUUUGGUCAGCCGGCGAAGAACGGUGCCAAUCGCCGUGCAGCGCCUAAGAGCUUGGGCAGCCCAAGCCCAAAGAAGGGCCGUGGCUUCAGCCAAAGCGACGAGCGCGGAAAGAGUGGUGAUCUUAAAGCUCUUUUCUCAAAACAAGUCCAGCGGGCUUCGAAACCUACAGCUACCGGUGGUCAACGACCCCAGGUUCUAGACGACAUCAUCAGCGAUCCGGUCUCUGACGACGAGAUUUCCGAAUUGAAAGCAAGUUCGUCCAGUUUAGUUGGUCAACAUGCACGAAAGAGAGUUCGAAAUGGAGGACCUGCAUUGUCCUUUGAGAAUACAACAACUAGCAAUCGGUUUUUGAAGCCGGCAAAGCCGCCAGCUCCGACAGCCGACGACGAUCUCCGUCCCUGGUCAGAACGAUUCAGUCCUAGAAACCUCGACGAGCUCGCUGUACAUAAGAAGAAGGUUGCAGAUGUUCGCAAAUGGCUAGAAGAAGUCAUUGCUGGCCGGAUGCGACAACGAAUGCUCAUUCUCAAAGGUGCUGCUGGCACUGGCAAAACUACGACUGUCCAGUUGUUGGCAAAAGACAUGGGAUGCGAAGUGCUUGAGUGGCGAAAUCCCACUGGUAAUGCCGGAACUGGGUUCGUAUCAACGUCUGCACAAUUCCAAGAAUUCUUGGGUCGUGGAGGCAAGUUUGGGGCACUUGAAAUUGACGAGUCGUCUCCGGCACCUACAUCUUCGGCCGCCAAUGACAAUGCGAAGAGAAUCAUGGUUAUUGAAGAAUUCCCCAAUACCUUUUCAAGAUCAUCGUCCGCCCUGACUUCUUUCCGCAGAGCUCUACUGCAAUAUCUUGCCACCCAAACACCUCCAAUAGGCAUGUUUGCCCAUAGUGCCGCCAAGGAGCCGAUCAAGCCGGUCGUUGUCAUCAUUUCAGAAACUCUUCUAACGACGUCAUCUGCAUCAUCUGAUAGUCUCACUGCACAUCGCCUGCUGGGCACUGAAAUCAUUGGUCAUCCAGGUGUCGGUGUCAUUGAGUUCAAUUCUGUCGCGCCUACACUUCUUGCGAAAGCCCUUGAGCUGGUGGUUCUGAAAGAAGCCAGGAUAUCGGGUCGAAAACGCACGCCGGGGCCAAUGGUUUUGAAGAAGUUGGGAGAAAUUGGAGAUAUCAGAAACGCUGUUUCAUCCUUGGAAUUUCUCUGUCUCAAGGGAGAUGCGGACGGUGAUUGGGGAAGCAAAAUUGCAUUUACAAAGCAAAAGAAGUCGGUCAAGGACGGCAUUUCUCUGACAAAGGGUGAACAAGAAACUCUAGAGAUGGUAUCUCAGCGAGAAGCUACACUGGGCAUCUUCCAUGCAGUUGGCAAAGUCGUGUACAACAAGCGCGAAGAUGCUUCUGUCACAAACGGCUCUGAAUCGCUACCGAGCUAUUUGCAACACUGUUCACGGCCAAAACCAUCACAAGUGUCAGUGGAGUCGCUCAUUGACGAAAUCGGCACCGACACUCAUACUUUCAUCGCCGCACUUCAUGAGAACUACGCACUGUCCUGUGACAGCGGUGAUCCGAUGGACCUAUCCACAUCAAUCGAUUACAUGAACGACUGUUUAGAUUAUCUGUCCAUAUCAGAUUUACUCUGCGCACCUCAAAAUGGAAACCAAGGGUUCACUGGUAAAGAUUCGGGCAGUCACCUGCUGCGACAGGACGAAAUAAUGUUCCAAGUUGCUGUGCGUGGCAUGCUUUUUUCAUUGCCAUAUCCAGUUCAACGCAAGCCGUCUACAACUAUGCGCGGCCCAGAUGCCUACAAGAUGUUUUAUCCGGUGAGCCUGAGAAUCUGGCGUGCAAGAGAGGAAAUCUCGUCUCUCCUUGAUAUUUGGUCAUCAAAGCUGCUCAGAGGCGAAGACGACAUGCCAACCAAAGACUUAACGGCUGGCGCCAGCAUCUUUCGUCGAGUGAAGGCAGAAAAUCAGUCUCCUUCAAAGACGCAGCGAUCUGCUCCCGCGCCAGAAGCCGAGCCCCCGACGCCGCUUUUCUCCAUUGGCAGUGCCGCUCGGCGAGAGCUGCUGCUGGAGCGGCUCCCGUACAUGGCGCAAAUCAGCCGUGGGCGCAAGUCAGGCUCCCGACAGCGUGACUUGGAAAAGAUGGUAUCCUUCCGCGGUGUUACUGCGGUAGACGAAGAUUCAGAUCCCGAAGAGGAUGAGGCUACGCAGGCGCAAAGCGAAGCCUGGGCUACAGACAAGCCCUAUGAUGGAGCAAGCCCUCGCAAGAAGAAAGAAAAGAUUAAGCCUGGUGCUGUAACUAGCAUGUUGGCGCAGAAACUGGUGCUGAGCGACGACGACAUUGAAGAUUAACAAAUGUACGAGUACAUACAUAUACAUGUAAUUGCAGGAUGGUGAUUUUUAGGGGCGGUAGUCAUGGUUUGAGGAUGAACCAAUGCAUAAC